AUAAAAUUGAAUAUUCAAGUUUACCAGUAAGCGGUAAAAACUUUUUUCUCAGGACAUACGAAAGGUGGCGUUUGACCUCGUUUAACAUAUGUGAGGGUGUGUAUAGAUCUUUCCUGCGUAUUUUGUAUUUUGUGGGCAAUGAGGAGUUGAAUCUGUCAUUGCAACAUUACGGUUGAUUAAUAAAUAGAUGGACACUGCUCAUGUCUGCGGUCGUCUGAUCGUCGAUAAAGUGACAAUGGAGCAGCAGUCAACUACAAGUUCAAAGACAAAAAUCACUCGAUCUGAAGCCAGGCAUCUGCGCAGAAAGAGAUUGAUUAUUGCCCGCAAGGAAGCUGAGAAGAACUUAUCAAAUGUGGAAGAUAGUAUAGUAGUUACUAACAAGGAUGAUGACAAAGAAACUACUGUCGGAAUUCUAACGAAAUCAAAAGCUAAAAGGCUGCGAAAGAAAAAUAAGCUUCUACAUUCUAACGAAACUUCAAAGGAUGAGAUUGUCCUACCAGAAUGUACGAAGCAUUUGAGCAGUAUUGGAUGGUCUGUCAAUGUUUUAGACAGUAACGAACAGUAUGGUGAGAAUUUUUGCGAUGUGCAGUUCAACCCAGUAACUAAUUUAAACGGUUCACCGCAACUUUAUAAAAAUGAUCGCACUUGCAACUGGAAUAUUGGAUCUGCAAGUGCUCUUAAUUUAGAGAGAAAUUUAUCGAUCGAUCAAACUUUUUCUACAUUCGAGGACACCUGUUUUGCUGAACUUGAGGACGCCUUUUCAUCAGAAUUGGAACUUUGUAUCGCAUCAAACAACAAAAAGAAGAUCGGAAAACCAUUAAGUACCAGUAAUCCAUUUCAGCAUGACGCUUUUGUGAACGAUGAUCCCCAAAUUAACAUCGAUUUUCGCUCAGGAGAGCUGACUUCUGAUGAAAAUAAAGAACAUUUGAAUCGUAGAGGAAAGCAAGAGAAACGAAAAAGGCAAGCACUGCAAGAUAAAAAAGGAGCACGAGCAGUAAUAGAAUUGAAUGAGCAGGGUAAGCAGGCGCAGAAUUCUCAUUACAUAUCAAGGAACGAGUUCAUAGAAAAUCAAAAAAACUUAGAAAAUAGUGAUCGCACCAAUGUACUAACAGUAAGCUCCAGUGAAAAUGAGCCAUCUCGAGAUGACAUAGAUUCCGGAACCAAUUUAAGAACAGAUCUUGCAUUCAAUGUGAAUACAGUUCUUCCUAGUUUUAUCAACAAAGAGAAAUCCGUGAUUGAUUUAAUUUCAGCUUCUAUGAAUGAAAUUGUUCUACCUCAAAGCAGCUUGCCACGAAACUUGAGUGAAUCAAAAGAAGCCGCUACUACGUCACAGGUUACUAGUGACAAUUCCAUGUUAUUAACUAAUACUACACAGAAAGAAACUAUAUCAAUAUCGGAUAUCCUACCAGAAGUCAAUCUUAAACCUGCUUCAAACGAUUCAAACUUAUUAAACAACCCUGUUAAAUCAUCUGAAGUGAUCAUGAUUCCUCAGGAAAAAACCAAAGAGCAAGUUAAAGCUGAAAGAGAAGCGAAGAAGGCAGCGAAAGCAGCUUUGAAAUCAAAAGUUAAGGGAACAGCAAUUAAACCUCAAUCAGCUGAAGGAUGUGAGAAAGAAACAGUAACAUUGACAACAAAUGCCGAUAUUCCUGUGUCCAUUAAAAAAGAAAUGGGCACAGAUGUCAUCGAGGCUGAAAUAGUCCCUGCGGUUAAGCUAAUAUCUCUUGGUGUAACUAAAAAGAUUUCAAUAGAAAACAGUCAAGUUGAUGCAUCUGAUGUUCCUGAAACAAAAGGAGUGACUAAAAGUAAAGCAGAAUUAAGAGCAGAACGGAGAGCUAAACAGGAAGCACAAAGAGCUGCAAAGCAGGAAUCAGUGAUCAGUAAGAGCAAGAAAAAGACUACCGAUGAUACAAAAGUACCAACAACUCCAGUAAAGGAUAACGAUUCUGUUAAAAAAAUUGUGAAGAAAUCUGUAAUUAGUGAAAAUCCCCAUGAAGUGAAUUUAUUUAAACAUUUAUAUCAGAAGCAAGAGCUGUCACUGCAUAAUUUGCCAUCCUUAAAUACAAGUAUACAUCCGGCAAUAAUAAGGUUAGGAGUUCAAUACGCAAGUAGAAUCAUAGUUGGGAGCAAUGCAAGAUGUGUUGCGUUACUUGCUGCAGUGAAGCAGCUAAUUGAGGACUUUGAACGACCAUCUCAAGCUGAUUUUACACGUGGUUUGGAAGCCAGCUUAAAAGAAUGCGUUACUUACUUGCAAUCUUGCCGACCACUGGCUGUAUCCAUGCAAAAUGCUUUGAAGCACCUUAAACGUCAAAUGACACAACUGCCAACAACUAUAUCGGACCAUGACGCAAAGAAUACUUUACGUAAUGCAAUAGAUACUUACAUCGUAGAGCAAAUUCAACUUGCCGAUAAAGCAAUUUCAGAAUCAAUCCAGACAAAGAUAUCCAAUGGUGAUGUUAUACUGACCUAUGGAUACUCAUCUUUGAUUCAAAAAAUUUUAUGCGAUGCGCAUACUGCUGGUCGACAAUUUCGAGUUGUUAUAGUCGAUGGACGACCCUGGCUAGAAGGUAAGGAACUGCUGAGACGUCUGGCAAAACAUGGAAUGGAAUGUUCCUAUGUGUUAAUCAACGCACUGAGCUUUAUUAUGCAUGAGGUGAGCAAAGUUUUUCUGGGAGCCCAUGCUAUUUUAGCUAAUGGUGCAGUAAUGUCUCGAGUAGGAACCGCUCAAGUUGCUCUCAUGGCAAAAGCCUUCAACGUUCCUGUCCUGGUGGCAUGCGAAACUCAUAAAUCGUGCGAACGAGUUCAGACGGAAUCAAUUGUCUACAAUGAAAUAGGCAAUGCCGAUGAAUUGACACGAGAUCUCUUGUGUAGUUCGAAAAAAGGAGUACUUUCUAACUGGAGAGCUAAGAAGUCGUUAAAUCUUUUAAAUAUUACAUACGAUGUCACGCCUGCUGACUUAGUGACAGCUGUGGUUACAGAGUUAGCUAUUUUACCCUGCACCAGUGUUCCUGUUAUUCUGCGAAUUAAACCUUCGGAGAUUUAGGCUUGAGCUUCGCAACUACACAGUUAUAUGAAUACUAUCUCUCUUUAAUAUAAAUUCUGCUUAAUAUAAACUUGUAAUCAUUAAACCAUACCCAUUGUAAAUUGCUUCGUGAAUGUACUUUGGAAUAAAUAACUUUGUAAUCUUCA